UAAACGGAAAAUGCAAAUCAGGUGACUGUCGUGAUCUUAAACGUGUCGCGCUUCUCCCACGCCCUUGGGAAUUACCGUUUCGGAUAAGUCGGACUCGGGCGGCCCGUGGAUGGAAAUUCCAGGGACUCGCAACCUCGGUUUCCAAAGGCAGCAGUGAAAUGGCAAUCAUCGUCUCCCACUGUUGUCGAAGGAAUCUAGCACCUUUGCUGUACUCGACAUCAACCCGGUCUCCACUAAAAAGCCAGAGAUAUUCUUCUUCUUCCUCAUCCCAAGCCGGUCCUUCAUUAUCGUCAAAGGCAACCUCUAAUUCCAAAUCAUCUGUGUUCAAUUCGGCCACAGCGAAGUCCAAAUCCCUGAUUGAUGACGAAUUGAAACCGCUUUCGCGACCACUAGGUGUUCGGGAGAAGCCUGCUGUUAGGCAUCAAACAAAAUUAGAGAGACUGAAGGAGGUGUUGACGAACGAUGAAGCUAUUGCGGAGCAGAGGAAACAUUUGGUGAAAGAAGCGGUAACAAAAGGCUACUUCCAUGACCUCAAUGCAACUCGGAGACAUGGUGGUAAAACAUGGAUCGCACCAAAAGUUCUAAUACGCGAAGAAAAAUCAUUAUACUUCCCGGAUAUCGUUGGGAAAUCCCUCGCAGAUGGAAGUGAGCAACACACAACCUCGAUGUGCACGGGGAAGAUUUCGGUUCUAUGUCUACUCAAUACUAAGAUCUCCGAGAUUCACGUCGCUUCAUUUACAACUCCCACUCUUGCCCGGUUUUCCGAACACCCGCUCUUCAAUCACAUCCAAAUCAACCUUCAAUCAAAUACCCUUAAAUCUAUGCUCGUCUCUCUUUUCCUUUCUUCUCUCCGACGAGCUAUCCCACCGGAGCAGCACCCGUAUUACCUUGUAUCCUCUCAGAAUCUCGAAUACCAGCGAGACGCGAUAGGAUUAACUAACGAUCGUGUAGGAUACGUCUACCUGAUUGAUGAGAACCUGAGGAUAAGAUGGGCAGGGUGCGCAGAUGCGACGGCGGAGGAAGCCCAUGCGUUAGAGGUUUGCACGGAUAUGCUUGUGGCACGGUUGGAGAAACGGAAGAAAGAAAUGAAAGAGAAGGAAGGGUGAGUGAUUGCUGGAGGAGCUGGUAGAAUAGGAAAACACAAAGUUGAUGAGGUGCUUGAUCUAUUGGAUGUAGAUUUCGUUCACUGGAUUGAUUUUCACGUCAGCUCCUCGGCAUAUUUAUACAAUGUUAGAGUCAGCUAAAUGAACUUGUAAGUGCAUACAUAUUCCAGUGAAGUAGCAACGAAAAAAAAAAAUUCCUGGAAUGGGGGUACCGCGGAUCGAACGCGGGACCUUCAGAAAUAAUUACAUUCAAAG